AGUUUGCGGAGCGCGGCCACGGAGGGCAGACGGCAGCGCCCUCGCCGCGCAAUGCCUGGCCGCCGAGUGUGAGCCAAGCCCGGGAGGGCCCCGAGCCACAAACGCUCCUUCCUCUCUCCCAUUACCCCAUCUUUCGGGGGCGCCCAAACCCCCUUCCCCUGAGCUCGGCGGCAGUUCCUGUCGACCCCCAUUGCCCGCCGCUCUUCCUCACAGCCGCCACCAACCCCGAGAAGGGAUGACCCUCUCCGGUGGCGGCAGCGCCAGCGACAUGUCCGGCCAGACGGUGCUGACGGCCGAGGAUGUGGACAUCGAUGUGGUGGGCGAGGGCGACGACGGGCUGGAGGAGAAGGACAGCGACGCCGGCUGCGAAAGCCCCGCGGGGCCGCCGGACCUGCGCCUGGACGAGGCGGACGAGGUGACGCCGGCGGCACCCCACCAUGGGCAGCCUCAGCCGCCGCACCAGCAGCCCCUGGCAUUGCCCAAGGAGGCGGCAGGAGCCGGUGCGGGGCCAGGAGGCGAGGCGGGUGCGUCCGAGGCCGACGGCUGCAAGGGCGGCGUGGGCGGCGUUGGCGGCGAGGAGGGCGGUGGGAACGGCGGCGGGCCCGGCUCGGGCAGCGGAGCGGCGGGCAGUUUGACCCCGAACAAGCCCAAGAACAGCCUGGUGAAGCCACCUUACUCGUACAUCGCGCUCAUCACUAUGGCCAUCCUGCAGAGCCCGCAGAAGAAGCUGACCCUGAGCGGCAUCUGCGAGUUCAUCAGCAACCGCUUCCCCUACUACCGGGAGAAGUUCCCCGCCUGGCAGAACAGCAUCCGCCACAACCUCUCGCUCAACGACUGCUUCGUCAAGAUCCCCCGCGAGCCGGGCAACCCCGGCAAGGGCAACUACUGGACCCUGGACCCGCAGUCCGAGGACAUGUUCGACAACGGCAGCUUCCUGCGCCGCCGGAAACGCUUCAAGCGCCACCAGCAGGAGCACCUGCGCGAGCAGACGGCGCUCAUGAUGCAGAGCUUUGGCGCCUACAGCCUGGCUGCGGCCGCCGGCGCCGCGGGGCCCUACGGCCGCCCCUACGGCCUGCACCCGGCGGCCGCGGCGGGCGCCUACUCGCACCCGGCUGCUGCGGCGGCCGCAGCGGCGGCCGCGGCGCUCCAGUAUCCAUACGCGCUGCCGCCGGUGGCCCCGGUGCUGCCGCCCGCCGUGCCGCUACUGCCCUCGGGCGAGCUGGGGCGCAAAGCGGCUGCCUUUGGCUCCCAGCUUGGCCCCGGCCUGCAGCUUCAGCUUAACAGCCUGGGCGCUGCCGCGGCCGCCGCGGGCACAGCUGGCGCUGCGGGCACCACGGCCUCGCUCAUCAAGUCCGAGCCGAGCGCACGGCCGUCGUUCAGCAUCGAGAACAUCAUCGGCGGGGGACCCGCGGCGCCCGGCGGCUCGGCGGCGGGCGCUGGUGGCGGCGGGGUAACUGGGGGCACCGGGGGCGGUGGGGGAGCUGCUCAGUCCUUUCUUCGGCCGCCCGGGACAGUGCAAUCAGCAGCGCUCAUGGCCACGCACCAGCCACUAUCGCUGAGCCGGACGACGGCCACCAUAGCGCCUAUUCUGAGCGUGCCGCUCUCGGGACAGUUCCUGCAACCCGCAGCUUCCGCCGCCGCUGCUGCUGCCGCCGCCGCGCAAGCCAAGUGGCCAGCGCAAUAGGGAC